AUGCCUUUUUAUUCAGAUUUUUUGGCAAUGGAAGUUGAUGAAACAGUUGGCCAGUCACAAACAAACUGUUUCAAGUAUCAAUCAAAUGAAGAAUUCCAUGAAAAAUUUGAUUUUCAUGUCUCAGAAUCAGGAUGGAGUUCUUCGAAUCCAUCGUCACCCGAAUCACCGAAUCUGAACAGAAAUUUUUAUAAACGCAAAGGACAGAGUCACUCGAGAGAUAUAUACAGGACGAACUAUGCACAAAAAGUACCAAAAAACUCAGGACUUUAUUCUCCAGGUUCAUUCACUGGAUCGAUUAAUUCACCAAAUUCGUCGUUGGAAAAAUCCUUUAUAAGAACGGGACAAGAAAGUACACUGUGCAAAGAAAACCAGUUUUUGAUUGGACUCAAACCAUCAGAACGUAUCAGUUACAUUCGAGAAAUCCUGCCUGUGCAAAAUCAGUCAGGAUACACCUCACGUUCUAAAUGGGAAUUAAUGGCUCCACCCAAGGCACCUCUACGUCGUCCUCACAGUCCAUCAUCUCAUCUUAUUUGA